ACAUUGAAAGAUGCUUUUAUGUCGGUGAUGCGGCUGGUCGCGAAGAGAACUGGAAACAUAAUACACAAGGUGACUGGAAUGAUACCGAUAGAAAAUUUGCUGAAAACAUUGGAAUAAAAUUCCACACACCAGAAGAAUUUUUUGAUGAUGCUAAACCGGCACCUUAUUCCUACGGUGAUUUCAAUCCAAAGAAUCAUCCGCGAGAUGUUGAAUUCUUCAUUCCUGAUUCACCGCCACUUGUUCCACCAGACGGACAUUGUGAGGUAGUUAUAUUUGUCGGAUAUCCUGCGAGCGGAAAAACUUCAUUUGCAAAGAAAUGGUUGGUAAAUAAUGGAUACGUGCAUGUGAAUCAGGAUUCUUUAAAGACAAAAGCAAAGUGUACGAAAACUUGCGAAGAUGCUCUAAAGGAAAACAAGCCAGUUGUUAUAGACAAUACCAAUGCCGAUGUCGAAAGCAGGAAAGCAUAUAUCAAUCUUGCAAAAAAAUAUAAAGUUCCAUCUCGAUGCUUUUGGUUCCAGGCAUCAGAAGCAUUAGCUAAACACAAUAAUAUGUAUAGAGCUUUUGGUGUGGUUAAUGGACCUCGCCCGUUACCUGAAAUUGCAUUUGUGGCAUUUAAAUCAAGAUUUAUUGAACCAAAGGCCGAAGAAGGAUUCGAAGAAAUUAAAAAAAUCAAUUUUAUUUUCGAAGGGAAUGAAGAUAAGAGAAGAACAUGGGAAAUGUG